AUGAUGCAUAAUCACGGUGCUGAAGAGGUCAACCACGAUGCCCAUAUAUUGCUUACGGAUGCUGACCGCCUGAUCGAUAGUGAAAUACUCGACUCACUUGUGGAUGACAGAGCACUGGGAAAGUACGAAGCCAAGCACAAUCAUGUACUGAAUCCAAAUAUGGACAGACCGCCUCCAAAGUCGAGGCGUCCACAUCUAAAAAGGAACAGUGCAUUUAAAAGAGAAUCUAACGACGGGCACAAACUUGAGAUAGGCGAACUAGAUGUUUGUGUCGAAACAGAAAUUUCGCAAAAGGUGAAUGAUGAUUGUGGCUUUGAGGAAGACUUUAUUGAUGACUAUUCUGAGGCCUGGCUCAGUCGACAAAUGAAGCCGCGCCACCCAAUUGGGUCGGCUCAGGAGUUAGGGAAUUCGCCACCUGCAUUAAUACCUCAGCAGGGUCCUCUUAUAUCUGGCCAAGGGAGACUUCCCUCUGUUACGCCAGCGGUGAUGGUGGCUCAGAUUGAGCCUUGUUUACAAAAUAUAAAGCUGCUUGCCCUAUCCUCCGGGGCUGGGAGAUUCCAGGCCUGCAUGGACGAACUUCUUGCAAUGGAGAUGCGAUGGCGCCGUGAAUUUGGCGUUGACGAAAUAAACCUUCCCUCGGGUGCUGCCUAUGAUCUAUCUUCCAGCAGUUUGAUGUGUCCACUCGACAAUGGUUCUCCGUAUCAAACAAGAAGAAAAAGACGUUCAGUUUACGUCAAGAAUCCGUAUUGGGACUGUCCUCCAUCAGAGCUUCCAUCUUCUUCCCUAUUUGAUCCCCCGCCUGACAUGCCUCGGAAUUCUUGGUUUUGUGACUGA